UGGUGUCCCACCCGGACGAGAAGUCCAUCAUGACCUACGUGUCCCUCUACUACCACUACUUCUCCAAGAUGAAGCAGGGACAGACCAUCCAGAAGAGACUCGCCAAGAUAGUCGGGAUCCUGAUGGACCUGGACAACAUGAAGGUCCAGUAUGAGCGGCUGGUCUCAGAUCUGCUUCACUGGAUCAAAACCAAGGUUUUGCAGCUGAACGACCGGAGAUUCCCAAACUCAGUGAAGGAGACGCAGAAGCUGAUGACGGAGUUCAAGACCUACAGAACUGUGGAGAAACCCCCCAAAUAUCAGGAGCGGGGGGCGAUUGAAGCUCACCUGUUCAGUCUGAAGACUCAGCUGGCAGCCAACAACCAGUGGGCUUACAAUCCUCCAGAGGGUAAAACCCUGAGUGACAUAGAGAAGAGUUGGGUGUUGCUGGAGAGAGCUGAACAUGAGCGGGAGAGCGCCCUGCAGGAGGCGCUGCUCCGCCUGGAGAACCUGGAGCAGCUUGCCCUCAACUUUGAGAGGAAGGCAGCGCUCAGGGACGGGUACCUGGAGGACACGCUGCGUCUGGUCCGGAGGCAGGACGUCCGCGGCCUCUCCACCCUGGAGGAGGCCCAGGCCGCUGGCCGGCGUCUGGAGGCGCUGGCCACCGACGCCCUGGCCAGAGAGCCGCGCUUCGCCGCCCUGAGAAACAUGGCCGACACCAUCGAGAGGGGAAACUACCACAGCAAGGAGGUCGUCAUCCGGAGAGAGGAGAACAUUAGCCAUCGAUGGAAGGACCUACUGCAGCAGCUCCAAGAGCAGAGGGGGCUGCUGGGUAAUGUAGUUGAAAAUCUAAGCGUCCUCCGAGACGUUGAGCUCGUCUCCCAGGAACUCAACGAACUACAGUCCCAGGCCAGUUCCUCUGAACUGGGGAAACAGCUGGCGGAGGUGGAGUCUCUCCUUCAGAAACAAGAUCUGCUGGAAGCUCAAAUCUCGGCACACGGUGAUACCAUCACCGCCAUCAGCAGCACGGCGCUCAAAGUGAAAGCGAGAGACGGUCAGCAGAUCCAGAGCAGAGUGAGAGCUCUGGACCGUCAGUACCAGUCUCUGGCGUCUCUCAGCAGAAACAGGAGGAGCCAGCUGGAGGCUCAGCUGAAGCUGUUUGAGUUCUUCUAUGACUGUGAGGAGGUGGAGGCCUGGCUGUAUGAGCGCUGGUUGGGACUGCAGACAGCCGGACUUGGGAGAGACCUGACCCACAUCCAGCUAGCCCAACACCGACACAAGGCGUUGGAGGCGGAGCUCCAGGCCCAGGAGUCCCUGUACCAGGGCGUUCUGGGCCGGGGUCAGGACCUGCUGUCCAAUCAGAGUCCUCCCAGUCAGCGAGCCAUCCAGAAGUGGAUCCGGACCCUGAAGAAGCAGUGGAGCCACCUGACCGAGGAGACGGUGGUGCACCGCGACCGCCUGCACGCCGCCGCCGCCAUCAAACAGUACUUUGCGGACGUGGCGGAGGCCGACUCCUGGCUGGCCGACAGGAAGCCGCUGCUGACCAGCGAGGAUCAUGGGAAGGACGAGUCGAGCACGGCGGCGUUGCUGCAGCGCCACCUGCGGUUGGAAAAGGAGAUGGCGGCGUACGCCUCGGAGAUGAAGAGGAUGACGGAGCAGGCGAGGAGCGCCGCGCAGCUCACGGCUCGGACCGCGGAGCCUCAGCAGAAUAAGAUGAUCCACUACAGCGACUCGUCCGGAGACGAGGACGGUCCAGGAUCGGUGACAUCACCGUCACCUAGAGCUGGGGGCGGGAGGGGCUCUGGGAGCCCCCCCACUCAGAGUGAAGACAACAGGGCCAAGGUCCGCUUCAGAUACAGCAGAGGUCAGUUUCCAUGGGACCGUAAUGAGAUCGUAACCAUCGUCCGCACCGAGCCGGAUGGAGACCGAGUCCUGGCCCGAGACUCCCGAGGAAACCAGCAGCUGGUCCCCAGCACCUACCUCACCCUCCUGCAAGCCGCCGCUCCUCCCCCCAUCCCGCCCGUCUCCACCAAUGGCGCGCCAGAGAGCCCGAGCAGGAAGUUGAGUCGUCCGAGGCGCAGCCGCUCGAUGCGCCGCGGCACGGCAGAGAUCCAGACCGCAUGGCUGCCAGACCCCCAGUACCAGAGAGACACUGUGGAGAGCACGCAGGCCGGCCUAGACCGGGACUACAACUCCCUGUACAACCUGGUCAAGUCGAAGACGCAGCGUCUGCAGGAGACGCUGCGUCUGCAUCGCUUCUACAGCAGCUGCCAGGAGUUUGAGUCGUGGAUGGAGGACAAGGAGAACGUCCUGAACACCUUCAGCACCGACGACCACGCCCUGGGAGGCGUUCAGGCCAAAUACGAGAACUUCCUGACUGAGUUGGCGAGUGGGCGUGGCCAGUUGGAUGACAUCAUCGGCGUGGCGGAGGAGCUGGUGAGGAGCUGGCACAGCAAGCAGAGGGAGGUCCAGGCCAGACGGAGGAGCGUGUCCAACAGGUGGGACCGGAUCCAGCGGCUGAAGGAGGAGAAAGGCCAGGAGCUGCUGAGCACGGCGGACGUGGAGUCCUUCCUGCAGAGCUGCGCCGAGGCCAGAGCUCAGCUGCUCGGCCUGGACGGGGGGGACGGGGGGGACAGGGGGGACGCCGGGGACGGGGGCUGCAGCUCCUUCACCCUGCAGGCCCGGGAGAAGAUCCAGACUCAGACGCUCCGGGACAUCCAGACCCUGGAGGGCAAGAUCGCCUACCUGAAGGAUGUAGCCCGGAUGAAGCAGGACUGCAGUCCCGCCGAGCGGGCCGCCAUCGGGGACGAGGUCCAGGGUCUGGAGGCCCUGCUGCACCAGGUGAAGCGCCAGGCUGCAGACAGACAGCGCCUCCUGGAGGACGCCCGCCGGCUGCAGAGCUUCCAGCACCGGGCCAAGGAGCUGCAGCGCUGGGCCGGCUCGGUGCAGGAGCGCCUCCUGCAGGAGGAGACGGCUGCAGACGUGGCUGCCGCCGUGGCGUUGCUGGGGCAACACCAGGAGCUCCGGCUGGAGAUGGAGGAGCACAGGAGCAGAUGGAAAGACUUGGAGAAAUCGGGGAAGUGUCUUCUGCAGGGCUCGUCCAACGGGAAGACGGGAGGCGUCGACAUCCAACAAACCCUGGACCACCUGAAUGCUGAUUGGUCCGAGCUUGAUCGGCUGUGGACCAGCAGGAAGGAGUGUUUGGAGCAGGGGGUGCAGCUCCAGAGGCUGAACCAGGAGGGAGACCGGAUCGAGGCGGCGCUGUCUGGACACGGAGCCCGACUGAGGGUCCAAGAUGUCGGGGACUCGGUGGACAGUGUCCACAGUCUGCUGGGCCGGCAGGAGGAGCUGGAAGGCCUCCUGAAGGCUUUAGACCAGCGAGUGGACCAGUUCACCCAACGCAGCCAGGAGCUCAUCAACCAGCAGCACUUUGCCGCCAAACAGGGUGGUGUGUUUCUACAUCCGUCAGCGGAGCCGCAGCCUCCGGAGAAAAACAGGACGCUGGAGGACAGCAGCCGGCAGAGGGGGAGGUUUCUGCUGGACCUAAGAAUAUCAGUAAAAAACUUGGGGAAGGGGAAUGUGAAUUCAGUCGUCAUUAUUUUGGGGGUUCGCAGGAGUUUUCCCGAAGCGUGUGAGCUGCUGUUUUGGAAGGGGGGGGAGAAGUUAAGGUGGGGGGAGGGCGAGCCCUACCGGACCCCCCCCAAAAAUCCCCCGAAAGCUUUAAGAGACCGAGGCGGGGGAGAAGGGAUGCGGCCAAAAAAGGUUUGGGGGACCCCUCUGGGCCAGCUGGGGCAGGAUAUGCUUGCUGAAGAGCACUACAACAGCCAGAGCAUCAGCAGGAAGUCAACUCAGCUCAGCAGCCGGUGGAGGAGGCUUCAGGACAAGAUGGCCGACAGAGGAGACAAACUGAGACAGGCGGGACAGCAGGAGCAGCUGAUGGAGCUGCUGCAGGACGCCAGGCUGAAGAUCGAGGCCAUCCAGUGGAUGCUGAACAACGCUGCCAAAGGUCACGACCUCCGCUCCAGCCGACAGCUUCUGAAGGAGCAUCAGCAGCUGGAGCAGGAAGCCAAGGAGCUGGCGGAGAAGAUCAACUCCAUCGUGAGCAGAGCCCAGAACCUGGCCUCCAACCACUUUGACUCCCAGAGGAUCCUCCAGGAGACCGGCACCUACCUCACGCUGUUCAAGUCUCUGCAGAAACCUCUGGACCGGCGCCGAGCCCAGCUGGAGGCGUCGGUGCUGCUCUUUGGUUUCUACCACGACGUGGACCUGGAGCUCAGCUGGAUCUCUGAACACAGUCCCGCCUCUGGAUCCACAGGAUACGACAGGUCUCUGGCUGGAGCCAUCAGCCUCAUGCAGAAACACAAGGAGCUGCAGGCGGAGGUGGUCGCCCACCGAAAACACCUGAACCACGUCCUGGAGAAGGGGCGGGGCCUGGCCACAUCCAGCCAAUCAGACGCAGAGGAGGUGCUCCAGAGGUGCGCACAGCUGAGUGAGGAGUGGGAGGAGCUAGAGGACGCGUGCAGCAGGAGGACAGCUCACCUGAGCAAGGCCGUCACCAGAGAACAGCUGCUGUUGGACUGCUCGGAGCUGGAGUUCAGGCUAACUGAGACUCUCACUCUGGUGAACACCGAAGACGACGGCAAAGACCAACUGGCCACUCAGAGUCUCCUCACCAAACACAAGGUGUUAGAGGACCAGUUGGAGGUGCUGCAGGUGGAGGUGGAGGACUUGGGAGACCAGGUGGAGCAGGCGGUCCAGACCUGGACCCUGGAGGAGCUCCGCAGGCCCUACAGUCGCCUCAGCAGCCUGAACCAGCAGCUGCAGCACCAGGCGGCUUGCAGGGGUCAGAGGUUACAGGAAGUCCUCCGUCUCCACGAGUUCAGCCGAGAGGCGCUGGACUUGGAGGACUGGAUGACCCGCCAGAGACCGACAGCCGAGUCCCAGGACCUGGGCAACGACUACCAACACGUACAGCUGCUGCGGGGGAAGUUCGAAGGUUUCCUGAAGCAGCUGGAAGUCGGAGACGAGAGACUGCAGAGCUGCAGCGAGCUGGCUGCUCCGCUGCUCCGCAACAAGCACCCGCAGAGACCUGCAGUCCGAGAGGCGCUGCAGCGGCUCAGUGCAUGCUGGGAGGAUUUGAAGGGCGUGGCCCGGGAGCGCCGGGACCGGCUGCAGCGAGCCGAGGAGUGUUACCGCUUCUACCAAGACCUGAACGACGCCCUGACCCUCAUCAAGGAGCGGCAGAAGAGCAUCCCUGACGACGUGGCGAAGGAUGUGCGAGGCGUGAUGUCACAGCUGAGGAAACACGACGCUCUGCUCCACGAGCUCGCCGUCACCGAGCAACAGUUGCAGCAGCAGCUGGACGCCGUGGACCCCGUCCUGGACCUCUGCUCGCCUCGGCUGAAGCUCCGCCUACAGGAAGUGCAGCAGGAAGUGGUGGAGCAGUGGGAGGAGCUCCGCCUCCACGCCGAGAGACGGAGGGAGGAGCUGACGCUGGCGCGCCAGAGAUACGCCUUCCUCAACACGGCGCAGGAGUACUUCCUGUGGUGCAGCCAGCUGAUUGGUGCGAUGGCGGCGGAGGAGACCAUCAGCGACGUGGCGACCGCAGACCUGCAGCUGGUCCAGCACCAGCAGCUCUGGGCCCAGAUGGAGGCCCGGCACGAGAUGUACCAACAGGCCCGGGACCUUGGGGGGCAGCUGCUGGACCGGACCAACAGCAGGGAGGUGAGGGAGAAGCUGGCGUCCCUGCAGGCGGAGCGGGACAGACUGGAGGACCAGUGGACCCAGAAGCAGAGCUGGUUGGAGAGCGUCCACCUGGAGCAGGUCUUCUACAGAGACGCAAACAGCAUGGACAAGAUGUCCAGCUCCCAGGAGGUCCUGCUGCAGAACGGCACUCUGGGAAACACGGUGGACGAGACCGAGGGUUUGAUCAAACGCCACGAAGCUUUCGAGAAGCUGCUCAGCUCGCAGGAGGACAAGCUGUCCUCUCUGAAGGAUCUGUCCGAGCGGCUAAGGAAGCAGCUGAGCCGCGAGAAGAGCCGAUUGGUCAAAGCCAAACUCAAAGCCCUCCUCCAGCGACGGGACAGGAUCAGGGAGCUGUCCGUCAAACGCAGGAAGGAGCUGGAGCUCUGCAGGAGGCUGUGCAUCUUCAACCGAGACGUUACCGAGGCCGAGGAGUGGGCGUCUGAGCGGAGGCAGAAGAUGGCGGAGGACGGGAAAGCCGACCUCAGCACUCUUCAGGCCAAGAUGAAGCUUCUCCAGAAACAUCAGGUGUUCGAGGCCGAGAUCCUGGCGCACAGAGAGACCAUCAGCGCCGUGCUGCAGGCCGGAGACGAGCUGGUUUCCCUUCGACACCCCAGGUCCAAGGAGGUGAAGAGGAGCGCCGCCGCCCUGCAGCGCCACUGGGAGGAGCUAAAGGAGGCCCUGGCCACCCGGGGGAAAGAUCUGGAGGACAACAGAGACUUGCUGGAGUUCCUGCAGAAAGUGGAAGAGGUGGAGGCCUGGAUCAGACAUAAGGAGGUGAUGAUCAACGUCGGAGACGUCGGGAAGGAUUACGAACACGGACUUCAGCUGCUGAAGAAACUCGGAGAGUUCAGGGGAACUGGAGAAGGGGACGUGACGGUGGACGACGCUCACAUCACGGCCAUCAACAGCCUGGCGGCGAGACUGGAGACGAGACGGAGCGCCGAUGACCUGGUGACGGUUCGCCGGAGGAGACAGCAGCUCAACGACAGGUGGAGCAGGUUUCACGGAGAUCUGCACAGUUACAGGAGGAAGCUGGAGGGGGCGCUGGUGGUCCACGGUCUGAUCCGGGAGCUGGAGGAGGUCCGAGACCGGGCCAACGAGAAGAUGCUACUGCUGCAGGGUCAGGACUGCGGGUCUGACGUGGACUCCGUGGAGAAUCUGAUGCGACGCCACGAGGAGACAGAGCGAGAGGCCGGCGUCAUCCAGGAGAGGUCAAAGGCCCGGAAAGAUGGUUGUCCAGCCCUUCACUCGAUCUGUAUGCAGACCAGCUUGAAGAAAGAAACAGAAGAGGUCCAGAAGUCCCGAAACCCUGGUACACCAAAGGGGAGACUCAGGAGGGGGACUCUGCAGGAGGCCCACCAGCUCCAGCUGUUCUGCGCCAACCAGCGCCUCCUGCUGGAGUGGAGCGGGAAGCAGAGCGCCGACAUGGCGGAGAGAGGACUCCCCAAGACCCGGGCCGAGGCAGACCGGCUCCUCGGGGAGCAUCAGGACUGGAAGACGGAGAUCGACGCCCGCGCCGAGCGCAUCGACUCGGUCCGGGACUUCGGCCUUGGUCUGAUCCGAUCGGGUCACGGGUCCAAGGCGGAGAUCCAGAAGGCCCUGAACCAGCUGGAGGAGGCUAAAUCCGGACUGGACCGGGCCUGGCAGGACCGCAGCAGGACCCUGGAGCAGGCCCGGACACUGCAGGUGUUCCUGUCCUCUGUAGAGCAGUUUGAGAGCUGGCUCAGCAACAAGGAGGUCUUCCUCUCCAACCAGGACCUGGGGAGCUCAGUGACGGAGGUGGAGACUUUGCAGAGGAAGCAGGCCCAGUUCGCGGAGGCUCUUGAGGCUCAGGUGGAGCAACUGGACAAGGUGGAGAAACUGGGCCAGAACAUGAUCCAGCAGAAACACUACGACUCCCACAACAUCCGAACCAAGAGCAGAGCACUCGCCGCCAGACUGACCCAGCUGCAGCAGCAGAGCAGAUCUCGUCUCAAAGCUCUGGAUCGAUCCCUGAAGCUGCAGCAGUUCUUGUCCAGCAGCUACCAGGUGUGUGUGUGGCUGAGCGAGCGUAACGCCGUGGCGCUGGAUGAGAGCUGGAGGGAACCAACCAACCUCCAGGCCAAACUGCUCAAACAUCAGAGCUUCGAAGCCGAGAUCCUCGCCAACCGCUACAGAGUGGACACACUCAUCCAGGAAGCAGAGAAGCUGCUGUCUGAGUCUGGAUCAGCUGAAGUGAAGGUUGGACCUCGACUCCGGGAGCUGGAGGACAGCUGGGACACUCUGAUCCACAACUGUAAAAAGAAGAGAACCAGACUGCAGGAGGCCUACCAGGCGCUGCAGUUCCAGCGUUCGUUGGACGACGUGGAGCAGUGCGUGUCCUCCGUGGAGACCGAGCUGACCAAUCAGGACUGCGGGAGCGACCUGCCCUCCGUCCUCAGGCUCCUGAAGGCUCUCCAGGGCCUGGAGGAGGAGGUGGACGGGCACCGGGACCGGAUCCAGGGUCUGGUGCAAACAGCGAAGAGCUUCCAGUCUCAGGGGAACUUCCUGGCGGAGGAGAUCCAGACCCGUGUGGCCCAGACCAUCAACAGGUACAACAGCCUGUCGGACCCCCUGCAGACUCGGAGGGAGACCCUGGAGGCCUGGCAAGUUCUGUUCCAGUUCUACAGAGACUCAGAGGAGGAGGCGGCCUGGCUCAGCGACAGACUGCCCUCCGUCAAGGCUAAAGACUUGGGGAGCUCGCUGAGCAGCACCCAGCAGCUGCUCCACAAACACCAGGCUAUGAUGCAAGAGAUCUCAGGCCGCGCCCCAUUGGUCCAGGCAGUUCAGGAGGCGGGGCAUAGCCUGGUCAGAGGUCGACACUUUGCGUCCCGGGACGUCCGGGAGCGCCUGGAGGAGCUGGAGCGUCUCCGGGAGGAGCUGCAGACGGAGGCCCGGAGGAAGGAGAAGCUCCUGCAGGAGGCGCUCAGCAUCCACGCCUUCCUCACCCAGCUGUCGGAGCUGCAGCUGUGGUGCGAGGACCACCGUGCCGGUCUGGAGUCUCAGGACUGUGGGCGGAGCGAGGAGGCGACGGAGGCUCUGCUGCGGCGGCUGGAUGGCGUCGUCGUGGAGAUGGACAACCAGAGGAGGACGGUGGACAGGCUGCAGGAGAGGGGAGACUCGCUCCAGGACCUCGGACACCCACACAGCCACCUGGUCAGCGAGUCUCUCCCAGGAGUCCUCGGACGCUUCGAGACUCUCCUGCGACUGUCCGCCGCUCGCCGCGCUGCUCUGGAAGACCAGCUCCGCCUCUACGUGUUUGAGAGAGAAGCCAAAGAACUACAAACAUGGCUGACGUCCAAGAAGGCUGUGGCAGAGUCGAAAGACUGCGGACAAGAUCUGGAGGACGUCGAGGUCCUUCAGAAGAAGCUGGAGGUCCUGGUGUCGGAGGUCUCCGGUCUGGGUCUCAGCCGGCUGACCUCGGUGCAGCAGCUGGGCCGGGGGCUGCAGGGGGACGGCCCGGCCCGGGGGAGGGGGGACGCCCUCGGCCGGCUGUGGGACGAACUCAACAGUAGCAUCCGGACCAGAGAACAGGACCUGCAGGCAGCGAGGGAGGUUCACCAGUUUGAUCACGAUGUGGACGAGCUGAAGGGCUGGAUGGCGGAGAAGGAGGCGGUGCUGGACUCGGAGGACCAGGACCUGGACCAAGACCUGCACUCCAUCCAAACACUGCUGAGGCAGCACGAGGCGCUGGAGAGGGACCUGGUCCUGAUCUCUGAGGAGGUGACCCGGAUCCGAGAGGAAGGCCGCGCUCUGAUUGGACGGCAGCCUGGGGCCCGGGCCUCAGUGGUCCUGAGGCUGGAGGAGCUGCAGGUCUGCAGGGCCAGCAUCCAGGAUCAGGCGUCCCAGCGCCGAGCCAGACUGGGCCGGGCCGAGGAGGUCCAGAGGUUCCUGUCCCGCUGGACCGAGCUCAUGGCCUGGCUGCGGGAGGUGCUGUCCCUGGUGCGGAGGGGGGAGCUGAGGGUGGAGGGAGCCGACGUGGAACAGCUCCUGAAAAGACACGAUGAGUACGGCGUCCAGGUCCAGCGCCAACUCAGCAGGUCCCGGGCUCUGAAGGAGGAGGGGGGGCGGCUGGUCGAGGGGGGGGACUUCCUGUCCUCAGAGGUGGAGGAGCGGGUCAGGGAGCUGGAGGAGCUGGAGCUGCGGGUGGAGCAGGUCUGGGCGGAGACCCGGGUGCUGUACGAGGAGGAGCUGGAGGUCUGGGUCCUGCAGAGGGAGCUGGAGCAGGCCGAGCGCUGGCUGGGCUCCUACGAGCAGGCCCUGGGGGCCGAGGACGUCGGGGACUCGGUGUCUGACGUCAUGGAGCUCCUGAAGAGGCAGGAGGACCUGGAAGCCCUGAUCCAGGCCCAGAGCGACCGCUUCACCGUCCUGCAGCAGAAGAAGACCCAGAGGGAGAAGAGACUUCAUGGAAGUGAGAACCCGGACCUUCAGGAGACAAGACCUCCAGCCAGGGUUUCGUCUCUGAGACGUAAUCCAUCGGACCCAAAGACACGGCGGACCUCGUCCUCCGGGGACAUCGUACGUCGAGUCAGCAGCGGCAGGAAGACGGACCGACCAAUCAGAUCGUCUGUGUGGGACAGGAAAACCUCCGCUGUUCCCCUGAAGAGCCCGUCUUUCCACCCUGCCUCGGACUCGGGAGAAGACCCCGAGAGUCCUCCUGCUGGUCCCGACUCCAUCCCGACCUUAGCGAGUCACUCAAACUUAACACCUGGUUUUCCACUCAGAACAUCACCCCCACCCCCCGCCCGUCAAACCCCGUCUCCUCUUCAUCUCCCGAGGAAGACCAACGUCCAAAAUCCAGACCCCUGUGGCUCAAAAGCCAAAGAUCUCGUCCCCUCAAACCUCCGUCUCCUCUCCAUAAUCCCCUCUACGGUCCGGUCUGAGCCCCCAAACCAAGCGGGGACAGCUGCUGCACCACCUCCCUCGCCUCCGCCUGAACCAGCGACCCCACUUGUGGCAGGAAGGUCUUUCUUUGACCCUGAACCUGAACCUGAAUCAUAUCCGUCUUUAACGGGGAAAGAGCUCGACAGCCAAUCCGAUCCGCCCGAUUCUCCGCCCCCUGACUCGCCGACCGCUGCACCAAUCACUGAGCAGGAUAGCGGGUCACCUGACCUGGUUCCUCCGUCUCCGUCUCCACCCCCGCAGCAGCAGAGGAAGCUAGAAGACCUGCAGGAGGAAGAACCCAGCACCGAGGUAACGGCAGAGCAGCCAAUCAGGAUGGAGGGGAUGCUGGAGAUCAAACUGAAACAAGGAGGAAACAAGGGUCUGGAGCACUGGGAGGACGUGUUUGCGGUUCUGCAGGGAGAGACGCUGAGUCUGUUCAACGACCGAGCCGCCGCCGCACAGGGGCUUAGAACACCCCCCAUGUUUUAA